CCCGGCGCGGAGCGGAGCCCGGCAAGAGCCCGGCGGGGCCGGCCGAGGAUGGGCACGGAGCCCCGGCAGCAGCCGCCCCGCAGGAGAUGAAUUAAAAUGCAGCACACCACGUGCACAGAGGACAGGAUCUACCACGCUCUGGAAAGGUGUCUCCACGGCCUUAGCAGGGACGCUGUGUCCAGCAGAUGGGCUGCCGGGCUGUGCCUGAACUGCUGGAGCCUGCAGGAGCUGGUGAGCCGGGACGCCAGCAACUACCUCAUCCUGGUGGAGAAGAUCCUGGGCAAGACCAAAGAGGUGCAGGAGAGGUGUGACUACGACCUGGUGAUGCCCCUGGCUCUGCUCUUCUACUCGGCCGUGCUCUAUGCUCCUCACUUCCCACCUGGCUCAGACCUGCUCCUGAAAGCUGCCAGUGUUUACCACAGCUUCCUGACGUGGCCCGUGCCCUACUGUGACACCUUCCGGGAGCUGCUCACCUUCAUCAGCAAUGAGCUCAAGGCACCAGGGAUCACAUUCCAGAGGCUGGUGAGGACGGAGCAGGGGCUGCCUGUGAAGAACUACCAGAGCUCCACAGUGACGGUGCUGCUGCUGAAUCGCUCGGAGGUCCAGGGUGAGUUCCUGUCCAUCGCCGAGAAGCUGAGCUCCAGUGAGCCCCCCCAGCACUCCACACUGGUGCUGCUCCUCCAGCACCUCUACCAGGCCAACUUCGGCACCUGCUGUGACCUGGACAGGCUGCAGCACCUGCUCAAGUCCAAGCCCCUGGAGGAGCUCUUGGAGCUCUAUGCCAGUGCUGCCGAUGCGCAGGAGGCGGCGGCCGCCAGCAGCGACCCUGCGCUGGCCCGGGAGCGGCUCCAGGCCAUGCUGCGUGACAUUGCCGGGGCUGCCUCCCUUCCUGCCAUUGCAGGCGAGGCCCAGCCCCGCAAGCUGCAGCCCAUCCCUGUCCCCCCUGCUCGCUGCUACACCUACAGCUGGGACCAGGACACCUUUGACAUCCUCAAUGAUGUCCUCAGCAAGGAGUGCAGCAUUGCUGAGCCCCUGGCCUCAGAGAAUGAGGAGGAGGAUGAGGAUGAGGAGGAUGUGGAGACUGACGGUGGCUCCCCCGAGCAGGACUCGCUGCUGUCCCCGCUCUGUGCCAUCUCCAGUGACUCCGUGUACUCCGUGCUGUCCGAGGAGAGCUCCAAGCCGUCACAGGUGUCCCUCUUCGCCUCCUCCAGGGAGUCCAUCUCGGAGCUGACGGUGGUCUCCAGGAAGUCCCUGAAGUCGUUCGUGUCCAGCCUGAAGGACUGCAUGGACAGUGGCUACGCCGAGGACAGCGACGAGAGCUCUCUGGACACGGUGGCCAGGACGGACAGGCCGCCCCCCAGGCAGCGGCAGUCGCUGACCAACAGGCUCUACAAGCUGUUCAAGAACAAGAGCCAGCAGCUGGUGCAGCGCCGGGAGCCGUGCCCGGGGCCGUGCUCGCUGUCGCUGCGGCGCGCCGAGAGCCUGUGCGCGUCCCCGGCCAGGCCGCGCGUCCCUGCGCGCUCCCGCCGCGCGCUCUCGCUGCCGCAGCACGGCCCGGGCUGCUGCGGGCCCGCCGCGCUCGCCCCCCGGCCCCUUGGGCUCCCCCGCCGCCCCUUCCUCAGCUGCGAUGAGGAGGCCAAGGCGGGCACGCUGCGCGUGGUGGUGUUCGGCUCGGACCGCAUCUCGGGCAAGGUGGCCCGCGCCUACCGCGACCUCAGGCUCAAGGAGAGCUCCUGCCCCUCACUGACACGGUACUUCAGGCUGCUGUUUUUCUACAUCCCCGUGAAGAGGAGCUGUGCGGCUCCAUCCACCCCGCAGAUGCAUCAUCACCCCUCGCUGGCCCUGGGGGACCCCCUGCCCCGGGCGCUGGACCCCUCCCUGGCUGGGAUGGAGGGCAGCACCAACGACAUCUCGCACUACAUCGGCCUGCUGGACCCUUGGUAUGAGCGCAACGUCCUGGGGCUGAUGAACCUGCCCAUGGACGUCCUGUGCCAGUGUGCCAAGCCUGAGGCUGAGCCCCAGGAGGACUCCCAGGAGCAGCUGCCCAUCUUGGCAGACAUGAUCCUCUACUACUGCCGCUUCGCCACACGCCCCAUGCUGCUGCAGCUCUACCAGACCGAGCUCACCUUUAUUGGGGGGGAGAAGAGGACCGAGGUCUUCAUCCACUCGCUGGAGCUGGGGCACUCGGCAGCCACGAGGGCCAUCAAGGCCUCAGGUCCAGGCAGCAAAAGGCUGGGAAUAGAUGGAGACAGGGAAGCAAUCCCACUGACACUACAGAUUGCAUACAGCAAGACAGCUGCCAGUGGCAGGAGUCACUGGAAUGAUGUGGAGAAGGUCUGCACAUCCGUCAACCUCAGCAAGGCCUGCAGGAAGCACGAGGAGCUCGCCUCGAAGACAGAAUGUCUCAACUUAACCAUGACCGAGGUGGUCAAGAGGCAGAACUCCAAAUCCAAGAAAAGUUUCAAUCAGCAGAUCAGCAUGUCCCAGAUCAAAGUGGACAAGGUCCAGAUCAUUGGGGUCCAGUCCUCCUUCGCUGUGUGCCUGGACCAGGAUGAGCAGAAGAUCCUGCAGAGUGUGACCAGGUGUGAGAUCUCCGUGUGCUACAAGCCCAGGGACAGCGACCCCCUGGCACCCAGAGGGUCCCCAGUGCCCUCCCAGGACCCCUCUGAGUUCCACUCCCUGCUGUGUUUGCCCAUUGCCACCUUCAGUGGGGCACUGCCAUAGAGGGGCCGUGUCCCUCCAGACCAUCCCGCACCAAUCCAGUGAGGGGAAGGAAAAGGAUGCCCAGCCCUGCUUGGCCAAGAGCUGCUGCAGCUGAAGAGUUGUUGUGGUGUCGGGGUGGUGCCUGCUCCUGCUCCAGGCUCAGCCCCUCCUCGGGAAGUGGGAUCGUCGUGCUCUGGUGUCACUGGGGACUCCUCAGCAAGGGGGGGAAGGUGGUUCCUGGAUAUCUCCCUGUGGAU